AUGCCCCGUCACGGGACUCUUUUGAUGCAUUUCCCUUCCCUGCGCUCCCUUAACCUGUCUAGCAAUGCCCUGCUGGUGCUGAGCCCAGCAGUCUUCUCGAACCUUGGGGCACUGCGUCUGCUGGACCUGAGCAGCUGCAGCAUCGCCUACCUCCACACGGACGCUUUCAAGGGCUUGGGAAACUUGCACACGCUGCUCCUAAGAAACAACAGUCUGCAAGAGCUUGAGGUCCCUUUCUUCCUGCCACUGAAGGCUCUUUUCCACCUGGACCUGCAGCACAAUGCGCUGGUCUCUCUGGACACUUCGAGCCUGCAGCUGCUGGAGGCAGUCCCACAAGUCCGACUGGAAGGGAACCCCUGGGUCUGCGACUGCACCGUGCACCCUCUGCAGCAGUGGCUACAGCGCAGGCAUGCUUGGCAGGUAACCUGCGCAUCACCCCCAGGACUGCGGGGCUGGGAAGUUGCAGCUCUGGAUUCCGAGGAGCUGGGCUGCCAGAUGAAGCAGCGGUUUCCUCGGGGGCUCAGCACGGUGCAGCAGAUCACAGUGACCCACAGCAACACCACCACACUGCCCGCUGGGAAGGGGGGAAGGAGCUGGACAUACCUGGUGGGCUUUCUGGUGGCAGCAGUUGGCAUCUCCAUCCUGAUCGCGCUCGCUGCCAAGUGCAAGCUCUUCCACAAGAACUUCGCCAGCUACCGCCACCGGCCACUGCCCGAAACCAGCUCCAUCGGAGGCAGCCCCAUGGAGGACAGCAGCAGUUGGGACAGGGGGUCCUCAGGCCGGGGGGCCAGCGAGAGCCACCCCAUGCCCGGUGCCACUGACCUGCAAGCUGAGGAUGAUGACGGCUUCAUUGAGGACAACUACAUCCAGCCAAGUGAGCAGCUGCCAGAGGAAGAGGAGCGGGAGCUGCACCUCUCCAUCUGA